CAACAAGAGUGUGCUUUUAAGUAUUCAAGAAAAAUUAUUUGAUCAACAGAAGCUCAUUAUGAGGGGAACGUGCUUUGCCCAUUUUCUCGACUGCCAUGAAAUUGUGGUACAACCGUAAUUAAUUCAUUACUUCCUCUUGUGGCAAGUCCAUCAACCUAACCUGAAGAGAUGUAGGUUUUAGUUGUUGCGCGUUAUGUUAGAUUCUCUAUAUCUGAGUUUUGUAUAGUCACGAAACUAAGAUGUUUUGGUGAUAGUGACACGGGCAUUUUUGAAAGUAGGCAGUCACAACUGAAGAAAAAGUACUUUUCUCAUGUGGAUACCGUGACACAUGAUGUGAAGUCCACAUUUAUAUCUGCUUGCCAAAUGCCGGAUCUGGAUCUUGUUGAAAUUGUCUCGGAUCAUGAUGUUGCACUCAUUGUAUCCUGCACUUCAUUACUACCUACUCAUUUCCUAAAGAUUAUAAGAAAGUGGUCGACCAUUACUUGUUCACGCUUGUUGAGGACUUCCCUGCGCUAACCAGUUUCCCAUGGGGAAAGUUACUGUUUGAGAUCACUUUGAGUUCUUUGAAAGAUGCUUUGAGUCGGCAAACCGCACAUUAUAGGCUACGAGGUAUGUUGGUAGCCUUUCAAGCUUGGAUCUACGAAACCUUCCCUGACCUAGAUAAAGUUAUUGUCACAAGAGUAUUGAUGAUGCACCCUCAAAUCAAAAACUAUAAUGCAAAUGAGCAACGUUCUGCAUUUAAGUUGGAGGAGCCGAGCUGCUUCAACAAGCCUAAUAUUGAAAAAUGUGACUUGGUACCUGCUGAGGCUGAAAUGGCAAUGUCAUACAUGGAUGGUGUGCAUCGUAACAAACUAAUUCAACCAGAAUUUUCCCAGGGCAGUCACCGAAAGGAAAGCAGGAAGGGAAAGUCCGUUGACCCUGUACACAUGAGUGAAGAAUCAGUGCCUUUGGUAACGGACAUUGGUGUUAGACAAGCUCACAUUUCAGAUGAUGAUGAUGAUUUCGUGGAUCCUCCUUGACGAUGUGAGGUGGAAUCCCAUCAGGAAAUACCUGGUGCUGAUCAAGGCCCUUCAAGUCCCCAACAGUAAUUAAUCAAGCUAGGAAGUCAUAUGCGGCUGCACUUUCCGGUAAAUCUGUAGUCUCUCAAGCUGAACGCAGCCAACGGAAGUCUUUUACACAGGUUUUGCAAGCCCCACCGGACUCCAAUGACCACAGGUUCACCUCUAAGGAACCUUUCAUGCAUA